AUGAAACAAGAUCAACAUAUUGAAGGUUUGAUGUCUAAGCAUUCUCAAACAACUCGUAACUUGAACCGAAGGCGGUUGACGACCUCACUUGAUUGUAUUCGACUUGUAUUGAAGCAAGGAUUGCCCUUUCGUGGUCAUGAUGAAAAAAUAGAAUCUUCUAAUCAAGGAAACUUCCUUGAAUUGCUUAGAUGGUUUGCUAAGAGAAAAAACAAAGUGAAGCGAGUUGUAUUAGAAAAUGCUCCUGAAAAUGAUAAAAUGACUUGUCCGUCUAUUCAAAAGGAAUUUGUUAGUGCCAUCUCUCUCGAAACCACUAAAGCUAUUAUUGAGGAUCUUGGAGAUGAAUUGUUUGAUAUUCUUGUUGAUGAAUCAAGAGAUGUGUCUAAUAAGGAGCAAAUGGCUAUUGUUUUGCGCUAUGUUAACAAAUAUGGAUGUAUUGUUGAGCGAUUUUUGGGCAUUGUUCAUGUUACAACAACAACAUCCAUGUCUUUAAAAAUGGCCAUAGAUGAAUUGUUUUGUAAGCAUAGUCUAACUACUUCAAGAAUUCGUGGACAAGGCUACGAUGGGGCUAGCAACAUGCAAGGACAAUUUUCUGGUCUUAAAACUUUGAUCUUAAGGGAAAAUCUGUGUGCAUUUUAUGUACACUGUUUUGCUCAUCAAUUACAACUUGCAUUGAUUGCUAUUGCUAGAGAUCACCUUCAAGUUAACUCUCUUUUUAGUGUAAUAUCCACUUUAACAAAUGUUGCUGGGGGAUCUUGCAAACGAACUGACAUGCUUCGUGAGAGACAAAGAAUCUGUGUUAAGGAAGCAUUGGAAAAUGGGGAAAUUGUUAGUGGAAGAGGUUUGAACCAAGAACCUAAUAUGAAGCGUUCUGUUGAUACUCGUUGGAGUUCUCACUUUGCAACUUUGGUGAACUUGAUAUUGAUGUAUAGUUCUAUAACUGAUGUUCUUGAAAUGUUGAGAGAUGAUGUAUCAAUUAAAGAUGGAAGAGGUGAAGCAAAAAGUCUUUUAAUUCUCAUGAAUACUUUUGAUUUUGCACUCACAUUGCAUUUGAUGAAAAAGAUCUUAGGUUUUUCAAAUGAAUUGUCACAAGCAUUGCAAAGGAAAGAUCAAGACAUCGUCAAUGCUAUGAACCUAGUUAGCAUCAUAAAGGAGCGAUUACAAGCUCUAAGAGAUGAUGGAUGGGAACCUUUAUUGGAGGAGGGAAUCAUUUACCGCAUUGAAUUAUUUUAUACGGUUGUGGACAUGCAACUUGGAGAACUUAAUAAUCGUUUUAAUGAGACAAAUAGUCGGUUGCUCAUUUGUAUGGAGUGUUUGUGCCCAAACAACUCGUUCUCUAAAUUUGACAAAGCAAAGUUGAUUGAAUUUGCAAAGUUUUAUCCAAUUGAAUUUUCUCUAACUUCAUUGAAGUUGAUUGAUAGUCAACUUGAGACUUACAUCUUUGAAAUGCGUAGGAGUGUUGAAUUUGCAUCUUUGAAAGGAAUAAGUGAUCUUUCAAAAAAAAUGGUUGCACUCAAAAAACAUAUUGAUUAUCUUUUAGUCUAUGGACUUUUGAAGUUAGCAAUGAUUUUGCCCGUUGCCACAUCAACCGUUGAACGAGCCUUUUCUGCUAUGAAGAUUGUGAAGUCUAGAUUGCGUAAUCGAAUGGGAGAUGAUUGGAUGAAUGAUUGUCUCGUGACUUAUAUUGAGAGAGAUGUGGCGGACAAAAUUGAUGAUGAGUUGAUUAUUCAACGAUUUCAGAAGAUAGCACCGCGUAGGGGACAUUUGUAA